GUUUUCAGGCCGGACUCUUUAGCCCGUUGAACCAACUGUCACACACGCUAGUCCAACGCAAAGUCGUACUGUUUUCGCUUGUAUAUAGGAUAUUUAUGUAAAAGUAAACGCGGUUGUAUUUUACAUUUAAUGUGGCCGGUCUUCUCAGUAUUGUAUUGAUUUUGCAGUAUAUAUAACGUUCUUUAACAGAGGUGUUUUACCUUCUGUGGAUGGUGUCCUUUACUUCUCAUAAUGCGACUCACCUUGCGAACAUUUAUUUCCCAUGGCCGAGUUGCCCGUCGGAUGGGUCUCGGACCCGAGUCCAGAAUUAACAUGCUGCGGAAUAUCCUCACCGGUCUGGUUAAACACGAGCGAAUAGAGACAACUAAAGUCCGAGCCGAUGAGGUUCGCUUUUACGCUGAAAAGUUGAUUGAUUACGCAAAAAAGGGAGAUACUAAUGAAAAGUCAAUGAAAAUGGCAGAUUUUUGGCUUACGGAAAAAGAUCUGAUCCCAAAACUCUUCAAAGUCCUUGCACCAAGAUUUGAAAAUCAAGUGAGUGGUUACACACGCAUGGCCCGCAUUCCUAACAGAGAGAAUCUGGAUCGAGCACAAAUGGCUGUCCUGGAGUAUAAAGGCCACCCAUUUCCUCCCUUGUUCCCCAUUAAACGCGUCAGUGAACUGAACUUACUAAACCAACUUCUGAAAGGAUACAGAGAGGAAAAAAGUAAAAUGUUCCCUCAGAAAAAUAACUUAUAAUCUUUAAGCACUGUAUUUGUACAUUGUAUUCUAGUAAUAAACUAUUUACUAUCAUCAUUA